AUGAUCCAGAGGGUGAACUUGAAGGUGAACCAGAGGGUGAAUAAGAGGGCGCACCAGAGGGCGCACCAGAGGGUGAACCUGAGGGUGCGCCCCCUUUUCCUCCCUUCCCUCCCUUCCCUCCCUUUCCUCCCUUGCCGCCCUUUGCUGGUUUUCCGCCAGGGGGUGCACCGGAGGAGGGCGCACCAGAGGGUGCGCCAGAGGGCGCACCAGAGGGUGCGCCAGGGGGUGCGCCAGAGGGUGCGCCAGGGGGUGCGCCAGAGGGUGCGCCUCCUUUUCCCCCCUUCCCUCCCUUCACUCCCCCACCCUUACCACCCUUUCCGCUCUUUCCGCCCGGAGCUUUCUGUGGUGCGCUGGAUGGCGCGCCAUUUCCGCCCGCGGGAGUGCCCUGCUGCUCUCCACCCGCGGGCGAACCCUGCUGCUCUCCGCUUCCCGAGGAGCCCUGCUGCGUUCCGUCGCCCUGGACGGAUUCCGUCGGCGCGGUGA